UUCAGCUGGGCUCUCUUGCCGAACUCCCUAACGAACCAUGUGGCUGCUCCUGGUAUGCCUUGGAUCGAUAGUGGUUGACGCCUUUCCCACUUCAUGUUCUCUAGGGCUGCGGGCAUCAUCAGCAUCAUUCGCAGCAACAGGGCUCCCCGCUGGCGCGGUAGCAUCAAGGUCGACAUCAUGGCGCAACAAAAAGAUAAGGCCCCGCAUGGGUACCGAGUUUGAGGACGAAAACGCGAAGGAGAAGCUCAAGGCCAUGCUCAACCGGCAAUUCGGGAUCGGAGACACUUCGCGUCCGGACGAGUGGUGCAAGCCCACGGAUGUUCUUCAGACAGGGACGGUUUUGCUGGCGGACCCGAAAGCGUUCACCACUAGGAGUCAUCCAAAGAUGUUGGACAAGUUCGGGCUGGCGCAGCCGUUGCCAGGCAGCGAGCAAAUUCCACCCGACAGGGCCGCCGAUCUCUUGCCAGUGGUGCUGUUGGUCGGAAUCGACGCCGGACGGACAAUCGGCCUCAUGCUCAACCGAAGAACGGGGGUGUUGAUGGGAGACCUAGGAGAUGAUUUCACGUCGUUCAUGAUACAGCCGCUGUGGCUGGGAGGCACACAGGGUGAAAACGGGAUAACAUUCAUACACACGUACCCCGAGGUCGAAGGAGCGCAGGCAAUCUCGGAGGAAGAAGGGCUGUACUUCUCGGGAAACAUGAAGUCGGCCUCAAAGGUCGUCACCGAUGGUCCCGGGUCUGGAUUCAACUUUCGCUUCUUCGCCCAGAUUACCGUCUGGAAAGCUGGUGAGCUCGAGGCGGAGGUAGACCGAGGGCUCUGGCGUCCGGUGGUCGCCAGCAAAAUGGCGCUCCUGCGGGUCAGAGAUCGAAAGGGUCCCGACGUCGCCAAGCCCAUGUGGGCGGAUCUGUCACAGAUGGCCGGCGGCGAGUACCUCGCGGCGAUGGAAGAGUUCUACCGCCGAUGACGACACGUGUUUUCUUUUGUAUCACCGCAAGCUGACAGGGCGACUGCUUCUGGGAGGGCUCUCCACUGGGUACCAGCCGUCUUGGAGUUUUGCGCUUUUUCGGCCUGUGUCGGUAGGUGCGGUGGUGGGCGCGACGUAGCGAAAGCGAACGCUGGUGGAUAGCAUGUCAAACAGUGGGUUCACAGCGGUUUUCUUCAGGAUGACGCAGGACCUGCAUCGCAAGGUAUAUCCGGGUUUAUCCACCUUUGGCGAAAGGACAUGACAACUGGAUAGGACCUUUCGCCGCCGGCAGCAAUCUCGCGCCAACGCCAACGAACCUCUUCCACGAACGAGAUGUGCUCCGUGCAACGGCGAGAGGGAUAGCUGACGAGGGAUCGUGGAUCGUGGCCGGUCCGGAGGCCUUUUAGAGGCCGUAUUCUGCGCAGCAUGUCACAGAGAUUACGUCCAGAGAUCACGGCUCCUAAGCGCGAGUUAAUGGGCAGCAAAUGUAGCAGCUCUUCUUUGCGAGUUGAUGUACUAUUAGCCUAUAUCAUGCUUCGGCAGGGCUUGUUGUUGGGGUAAGCUUUGAGAUGCUGAUAGCCGUCUUGCCAUAAGGUGCACACGUAUCUGACCGGUGAGACCUAGAUCGAUGUAUUUCGUGCCCCUGUUAUGACGGGGUGCGAGAGCCAAUGAUCCGAACACUAUCGCCAUGCAUGAGACACGAGUCCCGGAAAGGUACAGCCUACUCUCGUACGUCGUACUGUAGUCCGCCGUCGCUUUAAUGCUGGCAGUUUGAAGCCGUCGGAGGGUGCGAGGGGCCUGGGGAGCCACCAGCGGUUAGUGUUAUCUGUCGCGUAAUGGAUGGCAUCCAUACAAACUUGAUUCCCUUCAAAGCGGAAAGGACAUACGAGUUCGAUCCAACGCUGGUUAUUGUUGACCAUUUGCAGCCAGCUCAGGAAUCAGAGCUGCAGGCGUUUCAGUGAAUUGCAGAUACAGGAGGGCUGCACGGGGUCUGCGGCGUUGAUGCUCACCUACUCUUGAGUUCCGCGAAAGAAAAGGCAGGGUCCUCGAUUGAA